UCUCCCUUCCCCCCCCCCUCUCACACCGGCUGAAGCACAGGGGCUGGCAGCAUGGCCUCCAACGUGCCUUCUGGGACCACCAAAGGCAAGCCCCUCUCCCCCUUCAGGAAGCGGGGAAGCCUGCAGUACACACCCAGCACAGUUGACCUCCGUGGUACUCGCCACCUCCUCACUCCCCAGCAUUCUUUACCUGGGAUUCCCGUGGCCUUGAAACAGUCCAUUGACCUGCGAACAUCCAUGGACGGGAAGUACAAGGAAAUCGCUGAGGAGCUGUUCUCACGAAGCCUGGCAGAUAGUGAGAUGCGCAGCGCUCCUUAUGAGUUCCCAGAGGACAGCCCUAUAGAAAAACUGGAGGAGAGACGCCAGCGUCUGGAGAGACAGAUUAGCCAGGACGUCAAAUUUGAACCAGACAUUUUGCUGCGAGCCAAACAGGAGUUUAUGAAAACCGACAGCGCAGCUGAUCUUGAAUACAUGAAGGAGCAAAGCCAAGCGCUGGACCUGCUGGAGAGAGAGCUGCCCCCGGAGAGAGAGUACCAGCGAGUCAGCAUCUCUGGAGAGGAGAAAUGUGGGGUUCCAUUCACUGACCUGCUGGAUGCAGCAAAGUGUGUGGUGAAGGCACUCUUCAUAAGACAGAAGUACAUGGGCCUUUCUAUGCAGAGCUUCUGCACGACCACUGCUAGAUACCUGCAGGAGCUGAGCGACCGACCCCUUGACCUAAACAUCUAUGAGGAGGACAUCCAAGAGGCGGCAGAGGCCACCUUCACUACAGACCCCACAGUGCACCCACCUGUUUCUGAAUCACACCCUUACAAGAACCUGGACCCGGCCAGCAUGCCCCCCGACGUGGGCUACGGCUGCAAGAUGGUGGACGGCGUCAUGCACGUUUACACGUCAAGAGCGACGAUGGACAAGAGCACAGAGCUGGACCUUCCAUAUCCAAACCUGCAGGAGUACAUUGGUGAUAUGAACGUCAUGAUGGCGCUCAUCAUCAACGGACCAGUGAAGUCCUUCUGCUACCGUCGCCUGCAGUAUCUUAGCUCCAAGUUCCAGAUGCACGUCCUCUUGAACGAGAUGAAAGAGCUGGCAGCCCAGAAGAAAGUCCCGCAUCGAGACUUCUACAACAUCCGGAAGGUGGACACACACAUCCACGCCUCCUCCUGCAUGAACCAGAAGCACCUUCUGCGCUUCAUCAAGAGAGCCAUGAAGAAGUACCCACAGGAGAUCGUGCACGUGGAGAGAGGCAAGGGCCAGACGCUCAUGGAGGUGUUUGAGACGAUGCACCUGACGGCCUUUGACCUCAGCGUGGACACCUUGGACAUGCACGCCGAUCGCAACACCUUCCAUCGCUUUGACAAGUUCAACGCCAAAUACAAUCCCAUCGGUGAAUCCAUCUUGAGAGAGAUCUUCAUCAAAACAGACAAUCACGUGGAGGGAAAAUACUUUGGUCACAUCAUUAAGGAGGUGAUGGCUGACCUGGAGGAGAGCAAGUACCAGAAUGUGGAGCUCAGGUUGUCCAUCUAUGGCCGCUGUAGAGAUGAGUGGGACAAACUGGCCAAGUGGGCCGUCAAGCAUCAGGUCUACUCGAAAAACGUGCGCUGGCUGGUGCAAGUGCCGAGACUUUUUGAUGUGUACCACACCAAGAAGCAGCUGUCCAACUUCCAGGAGAUGCUGGAGAACAUCUUCCUGCCUCUGUUUGAAGUCACAGUCCAACCCGCCAGUCACCCUGAGCUGCACCUCUUCCUUCAGCAUGUUGUAGGUUUUGACAGUGUCGAUGAUGAGUCCAAACCGGAGCAGCAUAUCUUCAACCUGGACAGUCCGUUGCCAGCCAGAUGGACAGAGGAGAACAACCCGCCCUACUCUUACUACCUCUACUAUAUGUAUGCAAACAUGACCGUUCUCAAUCACCUGCGCAGGCAGCGGGGUUUCCACAGUCUUGUCUUACGUCCUCAUUGUGGCGAGGCAGGUCCUAUCCAUCACCUGGUGUCUGGUUUCAUGCUGUCUGAGAACAUCUCCCACGGGCUGCUGCUCAGGAAGGCUCCUGUGCUGCAGUAUCUGUACUAUUUGGCUCAGAUUGGCAUCGCCAUGUCUCCUCUCAGCAAUAACAGUCUGUUCCUUAGCUACCACCGUAACCCUCUGCCUGAGUACCUGUCCAGAGGACUGGUGGUCUCCCUAUCUACGGACGACCCCUUGCAGUUUCACUUCACCAAGGAGCCCCUGAUGGAGGAGUACAGUAUUGCAGCUCAGGUGUGGAAGCUGAGCUCCUGUGACAUGUGUGAGCUGGCCAGAAACAGCGUGCUGAUGAGUGGUUUCUCUCAUAAGUUAAAGGGCUACUGGCUGGGGCCGGACUAUGUCAAAGAAGGGCAGGAGAGCAACGACAUCAGCCGCACUAACGUCCCUGACAUCCGGGUGGCGUACCGCUACGAGACCAUGUGCGAGGAGCUCAACUUGAUCACGCAGGCCAUCCGCACGGACCAGCUGGACACCAUUGAGGAGGAAGAGAGUACUUUCACGGCGGCUACCCAAGCACAGCAAUAAACAAACCCGACUUUAAACACAUUUGACUAUUCAAAGUCCAAAAGCACUGUGGCAAUUUGAGAAAGAAUAUGUUGUUGUGAAGUGUUAUUUAUUAUUUACACUUUAUAUUCUGUUUAUGGCCAUGUCACGGCAGCCUUUCUGUGCUGAUUGUCCAUUGUCAGCAUCAAUAGUUACAUUGUAGUCUUUAGUCCUGAUAUGUCCUUGUUGUCUUUCCGUGGCUGCUUGAAGGCAUGUCAUCUUGUGCCCUGCAACACGUGUUCAUGUUCAAGUUCUCCCUCGAGUCUGCUGCUAGUGUGAUGAUGCAUGAUAUGCUGCUGCAGUCUCACAUCUUCGCCAAAAGUCAUCAGGACUACAAUCAUUUAGGGAACACGUUCAAAGUGUCAGUUUGUGUCCUCUUGGGUACUUGGAGUCAAGUUUGUCUUCUCCCAAGUGAUCAUGUUUGUUUGUGUAAUGUAAUUUCAUGUCUCCUGUGUUUAUGGGGAAAUAAAUGUUUAUG